AUGUUCUGCUUUCUUCUCCUCACAGACUACCAGGCAGGGGCGGUGGAGGUGACACAGGGCCAGAAGUCUGUCCUGAUGCCAUUUAAAAUCACAGAUGAGCUUCCUCCAGAGGUCAAAGUGCAGUGGAGACUCACUCACCCUGAAGACAAGAUGGUCCUCUUGUAUGACAGCAGCCAGAAACAGCCUUUCUCACAGGAUCAGGUUUAUGGAGGCCGCACAGAGAUGCCUGACAAUGCCCUGAAAAAUAAAGACCUCAGUCUGACCCUGAAAGACCUCCAACUUACUGACAGUGGAGUCUACACCUGCACCGUCUGCAACAAGGAUGGACUCAUGCUGCUACAGAAAUCAGUGACUCUCAGUGUCAGAGACUACCAGGCAGGAGUGGUGGAGGUGACACAGGGCCAGAAGUCUGUCCUGAUGCCGUUUAAAAUCACAGAUGAGCUUCCUCCAGAGGUCAAAGUGCAGUGGAGACUCACUCACCCUGAAGACAAGAUGGUCCUCUUGUAUGACAGCAGCCAGAAACAGCCUCUCUCACGGGAUCAGGUUGAUGGAGGCCGCACAGAGAUGCCUGACAAUUGCCCUGAAAAAUAA